AUGUCAGUUGAGAUUCCUCGAUGGGCUCAAGAUUUAAAAUCUGAGGGGAAAAACGUAAAGGGAACAGUAUCCGAGGAACAUUUGCCUGAUCCAUUUGGAUUUAAAAAAUCGGAUCAACACAAAAUAAAGGGACCUAGGGUUAUUGAUUAUGAUGCGAAAAAUCGAAUCACACAGCUUUCAAUUGAAAGAGCGUGGGCUAUAUCGUCCGAGCCCCUUAAAUCGGUUCCUAUGAAUAUGAUAAUGUCGUAUAUGUCUGGUAAUAGUUUGCAGAUUAUCCCAAUAAUGACUGCAGCUAUGUUGGUGUCAAACCCUUUGAAGAGUAUAUUUGAAGUGAGGUCAAAGUUUAGACAUAUCAUCAAUAAAGAUGAACCUACCCCGCCACCAAUUGUUUUCGCAAUGAUAAUGUAUGUUGUUUAUCAAUUGGUUUUGAUGGGAAUUGGUCUACACAAAUUGAAUUCUAUGGGCUUAUUCCCCAACACAUCAAGUGAUUGGUUAGCAUGGCAACAGCCAACAGAAUACAAAUAUAAUACUCUUAAUAUCUAA